UGCGAGGAAACGAUUGGAAGUGAACCGAAUGCGGAAGUGAGUAAAACGUAGCGGUGGACAGGUGUUAGUUAGAUUUCCUUGUAUGUGACGGCCUGUGGUUAGAAAGUGUGUGUUUAGGAUUUGGAUAUUUGAAGAAGAUUAUUAAUUCGGUUUGUUGUUAUUAGUAUAAAUGUUGUAAACGCGUGACGUACCGGUUAAUACACGGGAUCAUUAUCUGGCACAUGGGAACCAUAGCAACUGGACUUUGUGUCACUACGUGGAGCUCUUUAAUAACAGUGCACUAGGUGACCCUGGGAGUCAUUCUGCUCUGAGUAACAGUGUCAUGCAGGCCGGACAAUGUGCAGGAGAUGGGGCUUUACACAAACCCCAUGUGAACGGGCGGGUGGAAAACCCGGCGAUCAGAGAGCUGCUGCUGGACGGGAACGGGGAAGAGGACUCCGAGGCGGAAUCGUACCAGGAUGGAAGGACCGAGGAAGUGGACCGAGAAACGAGGAGCAGAGCUUUCACAUGGUGUCAGAGCUUCUUGUCCGGGGCGUGGAAGAUCAUCACUCAGGAGGAUUUUGAGAUCAGCAUCGUGAGUGGUGGACUCAGCAACCUGCUUUACAAGUGCAGCUUACCUGAUCAUGUGAAGCCCGUUGGGGCUGAACCAUCAUGUGUGUUGCUGCGCAUUUAUGGGGCCAUUUUACAGGGAGUAGACUCCUUGGUGUCUGAGAGUGUGAUGUUUGCCAUUCUAGCAGAGCGAGAGUUGGGUCCUCAUCUCUAUGGCAUCUUCCCAGAGGGACGUUUAGAAGAGUAUCUUCCCAGUAUGCGUCUGUGCACAGAGCAACUCCAACACCCAGAGGUCUCGGCUGAAAUAGCUAGUAAGAUGGCCCGUUUCCAUCGUAUGGUCAUGCCCUUCAAUAAGGAACCCAAAUGGCUGUUUGUAACCAUGGAGAGGUACAUGAAGCAAAUCAGCAACAUUACAUUUGUACGAGACGCACAUGUCAAGAAGUUCGAGAAGCUGAUGAAGUACGAUCUUCCGGCUGAGCUGGCCAAUCUGAGAGCACUGCUGGCAGAGACCCCUUCACCUGUGGUCUUCUGUCACAAUGAUGUGCAAGAAGGAAACAUCCUGCUGUUGGAUGGACGAGAUCAGGAUUCCUCCGAUAAGCUGAUGCUUAUCGACUUUGAGUACAGCAGCUAUAAUUACAGAGGCUUUGACUUUGGGAAUCAUUUCUGUGAAUGGGUGUAUGACUACACGUAUGACAAGUGGCCUUUUUAUAAAGCAAACCUGGACAACUAUCCAAGCCGGGAACAGCAGCUGCACUUCUUCAGAAACUAUUUGUCCGACGGUGAAGACUCCGCGCGUGAAGACCACGCCGAACUUGAACAGAUGAUAGUGGAAGCAAACCGGUUUGCCCUUGCCUCUCAUUUCUUCUGGGGUCUGUGGUCCAUUAUUCAAGCUAGGAUUUCCAAGAUUGAAUUUGGAUACAUGGAUUAUGCCCAACACCGGUUUGAUUCAUAUUUUAAGCAGAAAAAGCUCUUUGCCUAAUCAACUGUUGGAGAAACUUUCCGGAUGUAUCGGACCAUCAGAUCAGCACAUCUUUCAUUAAUAUUCCUUCCGUUUUGUUUUUUUUUAUUUUAUUUUAUUUAUUUUUUUUAAUAUUUUACUGUAUAAAAUAGUGAACCUACUUUGACCUGUUCCAGCGGUGAACAAUGAGCAAUUAUUUCUUAUUCUUCAUUAUUCAUUAUUAUACUUCAUUAUUUCCUCCACAUUUUUAACUGUAAUUAUUUAUUUUUUUUCUAAUGCUCUUUCUUGGAGCACCGUAUUCCAGUCAUUCAGCAACAAGCGCAGAAAUGGCAUAUAUCCUUUUAUCUAAUCCAAGCACAUUUAUGCAGUACGUAUUCAUCUAUUUUUUCAGUUUGUUUACGACGUAAGUGAGUUAAGGUGAGGUGAGGGAGUGGAGUGAGUGAGUUCAUUCUGUGUGUAGCUGCACAAUUCAGUGUGUCCUAGGCAUCCAUGCUAACUGACAUCACAUGUUAUUUCACAUUUCACACAAUACUGUAAGCUUUUGCUCAAUUCCUGCUUUUCUCUUUGAGCAUUAAGAAGCACACAGCUGUGUUCGUGCACCGAUGUGCAGUCUGAGACAAAUGCACACAUUUUAGUUAGCAUGUUCAUACAUGCAUGCGUUUAACUGGAUAUAUUUUAGUUUUAUCCAGUAGACAAAACAGAAAAAUCAGUUGAAUUGAGGAAAUCCUUGGCUUUUUUUGCUUUAAGUGACUGACUAAUGCUUUAAUAAGGAAUUUGCAGGAAGUCACAGGAGCAAGUAAGUGAAUUUUACACUCAUCCAGGAGUUAGUGGUCAGUUAGAUAUGAAACAUGUAGGACAAAGUUAGAGUAUUUUUACUAACAUACAGUAUGAGCUUGUGCUGUGUUGUGGGUUACACACACAACAUGUUCGUGCUUUCACCUUAAGUAGCUGCUCUAUCCUGGUCACUGUAACUGGUGUUAAAAUGACUGAAUGACUUAAAUUUUAUUUUUGUACGGAAAUAUCCUGGGCGAGUACAAAUGAAAUAAUUACUGCAGAAGCAAUCUGGUUUGGGAAGGUCCCACACUUUUAUAGCAAACCACUGAACUUUACAGUGUCUGUAGGGGAUUUGAGCAUUAUUUAUGCUAUAACAAACUGGCUAUUAUGACAGUUUUUAACUGUUCUUAAUUAUGGUAUUAAGGUUCACUCGGAUCGACACCUGCAGGUUAGUAUAUCCCAUCUGGCUGCUUGUGUGUUUGUACCACAAUUUUAACUUGAAUAUAAAAUGUUGAAGUCAUGUAUUCUAGAAAUUUCUUUAAUUUGGCUAAAUGGCCAGUCUGCUUGCACUGUAUUUAUUUACAUCAUGCUUUAUCGCAGCUUGCCGAGCUCAUUGUUGGGUCUUAUUUAGAUAGAUUCUUAUUUAUAAUGUCUUGCUGUAUGUUGUUUUUACCUUUUUUGUUUGGUUUUUAAUUAUUUAUUAACCGCUUUAAGCCAUCCUAAGCAGAUCAGUACCGAAGUUCUGCCAAAUCUUAUCUGUAAACAAGAAAUCUUUCAAUGGAGGUUGAUGCAGAGUGACUUAUAUGUAUUCGUUUACUUUGGGCAAAUUUCCAUCAUAACAGCUAUAAUGAUUUUAAUCCCAGAACUGGGUCCAAUUUAUGUUCAUAAACACAACACAAAUUGCUGUGGUCUGUAUACACUUAUGUGCUUUUUUUUUUUUUUUUUUUUUUUUUUUUUUUUUU